CCCGCGCACGUGGGGAGGAAGAUGGCGGUUCAUCGCUCCGGCCCGCUGAAGCAGCAGAAUAAGGCUCACAAGGGCGGGCGGCAUCGGGGCCGGGGCUCCGCGCAGCGGGACGGCAAAGGUCGCGUGGCCGUGAAAGUCCUGAGCAAGAAGGCGAGGAAGGAGCUGAGCCGAGUGGACCAAAGGCACCGGGCCAGCCAGCUCCGGAAGCAGAAAAAGGAGGCGGUUUUGGCAGAAAAGCGGCUACUGGGCAGCAGGGAUGGACCACCUCAUCAGGUGUUGCUGGUGCCCCUGCACGAGAGGGUUUCCCUGGGUGAGGCUUUGCAGCUGCUCCAGAACACAAAUAAGAAGGUUGUGCCUGUGAGUGAGCAGGCUGGGAUGCCACGCUUCAUGCUGCUCUGUCCUCAGCUGAAACAUCGAUGGUUCUUUACAUCUGCAAAACCAGGGGAUCUGCACACUGUGUUGGACCUUGCCAAAGUGGCUGAUACCAUCCUGUUUAUCCUGGAUCCAGUGGAGGGCUGGGACAGCACAGGAGAUUACUGCCUCUCUUGCCUCUUUGCCCAAGGGCUUCCUACCUAUUCUCUAGCCAUCCAGGGAGUUGGGGGCCUUCUCCCAAAGAAACAAGCAGAUGCCAGGAAGAAGCUGAGCAAGGCCUUAGAGAAGCGAUUUCCAGGAGACAAACUGCUCCAUUUGGAUACCCAGCAGGAUGCUGUGCUGCUCCUGCGACAGUUGGCUAACCAGAAGCAGCGGCAUCUGGCCUUCCGAGACCGGCGUUCCUACUUGUUUGCCCACGCUGCUGACUUUGUGCCCAGCCAAGAGAGCAGCUCAGUGGGCACACUAAAAGUGUCAGGCUAUGUUCGUGGGCAGACUUUCAAUGUAAACCGUCUCCUGCAUAUCGUUGGGCAUGGCGAUUUCCAGAUCAAGCAGAUCGAUGCACCCACAGACCCUUUUCCUCUAAAUCCCAGAGUGAUCAAGGCCAGCAAAGGCUCAGAUGUGGCGAUGCAGAUUGACGCUGCAGAUGGUGAUGGUGUGGCUGAGAUGGAGGAGGAUCUCAAGGUCCUAGUGAAAGCAGACCCUGCUCGGCAGGAAUCUCUCCAAUCGGAGGUGGUUCCAGACCCCAUGGAGGGGGAACAGACCUGGCCCACUGAGGAGGAGCUGAAUGAGGCAAAGGACUUCUUAAAGGAAAAAACCAGAGUGGUGAAGAAAGUCCCUAAAGGAACAUCCAGUUACCAGGCUGAAUGGAUUGUGGAUGAGGAAGAUGGCAGCAGUGGCGAGGAGGAGGAGGAUGACGAUGACGCGGAGGCGGAGGAUUUCAUGGAGGAGGAAGAUUCCGAGGCUGAGGGAAGUGGAGAAGAGUAUGAGAGCGUGACCCCGGGGGGAUCUGUCUGGGACAAUCAGUAUGAUGAGAAGAUUGACGAAGAGGCCGAGGAGCAAAUGCUGGAGAAAUACAAGCAGGAAAGGCUGGAUGAGAUGUUCCCAGAUGAAGUGGACACCCCCAGGGACACAGCAGCCAGAAUCCGAUUUCAGAAAUACAGAGGCCUCAAGAGCUUCCGCACGUCCCCGUGGGAUCCCAAGGAAAAUCUGCCUCAGGAUUAUGCUCGGAUCUUUCAGUUUCAGGACUUUUCUAGAACUAGGAAACGGAUCUUUAAGGAGAUUGAGGAAGAGGAAUCUGAAGGGGCUGAGGUUGGCUGGUUUGUGACCCUGCACGUCUGUGGAGUCCCUGCCUCGGUGAGCGAGAGCUUCAGGAAGGGGGCACCUCUGGUCAUGUUUUCCCUGCUGCCACAUGAACAGAAGAUGUCAGUGCUGAAUAUGGUGGUGAGGAGACACCCUGGUAACCUGGAGCCCGUGAAAUCCAAAGAGGAGAUGAUCUUCCAUUGUGGUUUCCGGCGCUUCCGGGCCUCGCCUCUGUACUCCCAGCACACUGCAGCGGAUAAGCACAAGGCUGAGCGGUUCCUUCGUUCUGAUGUGGCCUUGGUGGUGACAGUUUAUGCCCCGAUCACCUUCCCUCCGGCCUCAGUGCUGCUCUUCAAACAGAUGCUGGAUGGCAAGCACAUCCUCAUUGCUACAGGGUCCCUCCUGUCCGUGGAUCCAGACAGGCUGGUCAUCAAGAGACUUGUGCUGAGUGGGCAUCCUUUCAAGAUCUUAACCAAAAUGGCAGUAGUCCGUUACAUGUUCUUUAACCGAGAGGACGUGCUAUGGUUUAAACCAGUGGAAUUGAGAACUAAGUGGGGUCGCAGAGGACACAUCAAGGAGCCACUUGGUACUCAUGGCCACAUGAAGUGCACAUUUGAUGGACAGCUGAAAUCUCAGGAUACCGUAUUAAUGAAUCUGUACAAACGUGUCUUCCCCAAAUGGACUUAUGAUCCCUAUGUGCCAGAGCCCCUGCCCUGGUCACAAGAUGAAAUCUCCCCGGAGCUAGAAGUGGACAUGGAGUAAGGGCUGCCUGAGGGGU